CCCGGCCCCAGCCCUAGCGAUGUGUUUGUCAUCGAAAGUUGCUUUAAACUUUUUGGGGUGCCGUUGCGAGGAGCGAGGCGGUGUAGGGUCGCACAGCCCUGCCCUGUGCACCGGCAGAACGGCGCUGCUUGGCUGCGGCUGUUUAUGCAACCUGCGGGGAGAAGAAGGAGGCAGGCGGCUGUGUCCAGAGCAGAUGGGCUUGUUUAAUACUAAUGGGCUUACUUAGUGUAGAGCAAGAGGGAUGCUAGCACUCUCCGAGUGAAAAUAAUGCUGCAUCGUGUGUUUAAAAGUCAUUAUGGCUGUCCCGGAUUUGUAUUUCCUGUGUCUGUGGCUGCCGGAGACCUCAUUUGGAUAAUUAAAUGUCGUGGUGAAAUAGGAGAAUGAGGACAGGAGAGUGCUUGCCACCUUUCCUCUGCCACAGGGGUCUGGCAGCCCCUUCUGACAGCGAUGGGGAGACCCUCUGUGUUGGGCAGUGCCAGAGUCUGUCCCAGCCAUCCCCUUCUACCUGAAAGGACAAUAAAAGUGCUUUUGAUGCCUUUGCUACAAGACCUAUGUGAAUAACCUCAUUGUCUAAGUAGGGACAGAUUCUGCAUCACACAUGAACUACGACAACCCUCCACCCUACACUGGCCCGGGCCCCACCGCCCCAUACCCACCCUAUGCACAGCAGCCGGGGGGCCCUCCCGGCCCCCACCCGGGCAAUCCUCCCGGGCCCUACCCACCAGGCCAGCCGGGUUACCAAGGCUAUCCCCCCUAUGGAUGGCAGAACGCGCCUCCGCCUCCAGGACCAAUCUAUGCAGAUGGGCCUAAAAACACAGUGUACGUGGUGGAGGACCGGCGGAGGGAUGACUCCGGCGAGAGUGCCUGCCUGACGGCGUGCUGGACCGCGCUGUGCUGCUGCUGCCUCUGGGACAUGCUGACCUGACCACGCGCAGCCGCCUCCAGAACCUCUCGCCGAGUGCUAUGCAGGCUCCCCACUCCUGCCCUAACUCCUUUCUGUUACUGUAAUCAACACUCUGCUUUGCACAGCCAAGAGUUCCCGUCUGUCAGUCCUAGCGCCUUGUUGGGGUGGGGGGUGCACUCCUUUAGUAAAGGAAAAAGAAGAAAAUCCCUUUUUAACAUUUCUAAGACUUUUGUUGUAACUUUGAAGAAUGUGCUAAUGGUGUAUUUCAGCCAAAGGCAUUCCUAUGAAAUGUAUAUUUAUCAGUUGAAAUUUUCCUAGUCCUAGAAAUGAAGAUGUAUGCAAUAAUUAAAGCCAACAGUUGAUUUUCUCCACCA